AGAGUUCACAAACACCGCCUUCUUUAUCCGGACGACUCCUGGUUCAUUUCUCGAAGGCGCGAUUCUGUUUAAACCCUCUUUCUCUUUCCAAACCCCGCAACCCUCGAGGCCUCGACUCGAGGGGCAUCGCCAUGGAAGAGCCUUAUACUGAAACCCUAGAUAGCGUCUUCACUCGCCUCAACCUCUACUCGAUCGACCUCCUCGAGCUCCUCCGAAACCCUAAGCAGAAGAGCGCCUCCUUCCUCCCCGAGAUGGCCGAUCUCCUCCGUCGCACUCCGCCCGAGGCUCUGCAAUCCUGCUUCGACUAUACUUUGUUUCCGUUGCUUCUGUUGCUCGAUGCUGCAGUGGAAUGCAGGAAGGAGAAGAAGGUCGAUUCUGGGGAGAGUUUGGGUGCUCUUGAGAUCAGCGAUAGAGUUGCAGAGGGCGUCUUGAUGUGCAUCGAGGCACUUUUGAACAAAUGUCAUCUUGGCUCAGUCGAUCAGAUGGUUAUGUUGCUGAAAAAACUCCCUUACGGUGCUAUGCUUUCCCCUUUGGAGGCAUCGGAAGAGUUUCGUGGAGGAAUAAUUAGAUGCUUAAGGGCUAUGCUUCUCAGGCUGCAACAAUGUUCCGUUGGGUCAUGCUCGUGCAAGCAAACAAUUCUUUUGCCUACAAUGAUACCGAUAACUAGCUUGGAAGUUGAUUACAAAACAUCCAUGAGUAACCUGGCAGAACCAAAGGAGUGUUUGCUUGCGUUUCUCCAGUCUCAAAAUGCUUCUGCUGCUGUCGGACACUGGCUGUCACUGCUGCUUCAAGCUGCAGAAGUUGAGGCAUCUAGAGGACAUCGUGGGAGUGCAAAUCUCCGAAGGGAAGCGUUUCUAACACUGCGUGUUCUUGUUGCCAAGGUUGGCUCUGCUGAUGCACUUGCCUUUUUUCUGCCUGGCAUUGUCAGUCGUUUUGCAAGAACACUCCAUGUAUCCAAGAAUAUGAUAAGUGGUCCUGCUGGAAGCACAUUGAGCAUUGAGCAUGCUGUUCUUGGGUUGACUGAGUUCUUGAUGAUAGUCCUAAAUGAUAAGGAAAAUCUUUGUGAGCCCCAGGUGUCGGGAAAUGAAACUACAGGGUUUUGUCCUUCUGACAGUAACUCCACUGAGUCUGUGCUGGCUUUACUACGUGAUUUACCCAUUAAUAUGCAAAAUCAAACCACGAACAUAAUCAAUCCAUUGGUCAAGGAUGGGGAUAAGGGUAAGAGCAAUAAUUAUCACUCUGAUGCAAGAUCCUUACAUGUGCAACGCACGAAGGAGUGGAUUGAUGAAACUGUCAAAAAUGUUGAUAAACUGCUGUCUGCGACAUUUCCACAUCUUUGUGUUCAUCCUGCAGACAAGGCAAGGAAAGCUCUUGUUGAUGGUAUGAGAGGGCUAUUGUUUAAUUGCAGUUACACUUUGAAGAGGAGCAAAUUAUUGCUUUUAGAUUGUUUAUGCUUGCUGGUCUGUGAUGAUGCAGUUAUUGUGUCUGAAGCUGCAAAGGAGUCCCUUGAGUCAUUGUUCAUGCAGGGUAGGAGUCUAAUAACAGAACAAGAGAUUUCUGAAAUAUUUACCAGACUUAUUGAAAAGCUACCACGAGUGGUUCUUGGAAGUGAGGAGACAGUUGCGCUUUCACAUGCAAGGAGACUACUGGUCUUAAUUUAUUAUGCAGGUCCAGAGCUUGUCAUAAAUCAUUUUCUUCGUUCUCCUGUAAAUGCUGCUUGUAUUGUUGAAUGUUUAGCCUUAUCCUUGAGUCCUAAUUCGCAAUUUUCGGGUUCUGUUGAUAAGCUCAUCUCAUCAAAGCCCCUUUCUGUUGGAUACUUAUUCUCUAUUGCCGAGUUAAAAGCUGGUGCCCAUCUUAAAGAUCUAAGUCAUGGAUUUGAUAGCUUUCCGUCACUUGCCUCCAAGAUAUCUGUCAUCCAAGAUAAUGACUUGCAUAAUCCUAUGCAUGUACAUAGCAGUGAUUAUGAGCUCCCUCAUAUACCUCCAUGGUUUGUUCAUGUUGGUAGCCAGAAACUCUACCUUGCGCUUGCUGGAAUCGUGAGACUCAUUGGUCUAUCCACUGUUGCAGGUCAAAAACCUUGUGUGUCGCUAUCGGUCCUUGUCGAUAUUCUGCUGGACCAUUUAAGGAAGUUGAUUUCAGAUCUUCGAACAACAGAUUUUAGUAAAGAUGGUUGGCGAGCAUGGUAUUUUCAGAGGGGCUCAGGACAGUUAAUGCGUCAGACAAGUGCAGCAGUUUGUAUGUUAAACGAAAUAAUAUAUGGUUUAUCAGAUCAAUCAAUCAAUCUGUACUUGAGGUUGUUCAGCAGGGCAGAAGAAACUGUUGAAACUUCUUGUAGUGUAGUUUGGAGGAUACUGUAUGAAAAUGGUACCAAGGACCAAAUAAUUCAUUCUAUAGGGAGUAUUCUACAUGAGUAUCUUUCUACUGAAGUAUGGGAGCUUCCGGUAGAUCAGCACUCACCAGUGCUUGAAAAUGAAACAGACAAUCUUCCUUUGCACUUUUUCCGUGAUACUACAAUGCUACACCAAGUUAUUAUAGAUGGAAUAGGAAUCUGUGGUAUACUUCUUGGAAAAGAUUUUGAGCGCAGUGGAUUUAUGCACUCUUCCCUCUAUAUGUUGCUUCAAAAGCUUAUCAGCUCCAGUAUUCCAAUAAGAAUUGCAUCUGAUGCUGUCUUAAAAGUGCUUGCUGCUGCUUCUGGCUCUGUCACGGUGGCGCAGCUAGUUGUGGCAAAUGCGGACUACAUUGUCGAUUCUAUGUGCAGACAACUGCGGCAUUUGGAUCUCAAUCCCCAUGUUCCGGACGUGCUUGCUUCUAUGCUAUCAUAUAUUGGUGCUGCUCAGGAUAUCCUGCCAUUAUUAGAAGAGCCGCUUUAUAGGGCACUCAUUGGUGGUUUUCUUAUAAAACAGUUCUGUUCUGAAAAUGCUUCAAUUAUUCUAUUGAUCCUCAUGAUUUCCCAAAAGACAAUGUAUGCCAUAAACAAGUUCUGGCCAAGAAGUGCUAUGCGAGCUGUUUCUUUAGAGCUGGAGGUCCUUGGUAGGCAUGAACACCCACAUUUGACUGUUUCAUUCCUAAAGGCUGUCGGUGAAAUUACUAAGGCAUCAAAAUGUGAGGCUUGUAGGUUGCCUGAUGAGGCCCAGUCAUUUUAUGCAGAAGUUAAUUCUCAGGUUCAUAUUAUUCAGACUAUGGUGAAGAUGAAUCAGAACGGAAAUAGUGUACUUUCAGAAAACUUGGAACUCAAUCCCAAAAGUGAUUACCUUUCUUUGGAAUAUUGGGAGGAUUCGUUAUGCAAGAUGAAUGAAAUGAGAAGAUACAGGCGAAUAGUUGGAUCUCUUGCUGGCUCUUGCUUAACAGCUGCGACUCCACUUCUUUCUUCACUAAAAGGGCCAGCUUGUCUGGUGGCCCUUGACAUUGUGGAGAAUGCAGUCAUAUCUAUUGCUAAAGUGGAGGAAGCUUACAAGCAUGAGAAGCAAACCAAAGCUGCAAUUGAGAAAGCAAUUCAUCUUUUGUCGUUUAAUGAUCUCGAAGAUGCUAUGGAUGCUGCGGACGAAGAUGUUGAUGAGAAUAGACUGCUUCCAGCUAUGAACAAGAUCUGGCCAUACUUUAUUAUUUGCCUUAAAAAUAAGAUUUCAGUGUCUGUUGUCAAGAAAUGCACGAGUGUCUUAAGCAUAGCAAUAAAGAUAUCUGGUGGGGACUUCUUUGUUCGUCGGUUCCAUAAUGACGGACCCGUUAUUUGGAAGCUCCUGACUGUAUCACCAUUUCGGAGAAAACCCCUGCAAUCAAAGGACGAAAGAGCAAUCGUUCUACCCUACAGAGCUAACUCUCCAUCUACCGAGGAGCCAAUGGCUGAGAUCUCUCACCAGAAAAUCCAGGCUUCAGUCCUAGAAAUGAUUGCUGAGAUUUCCUCCAAUAAAAGAAGUGCCACAGCAUUAGAGAGUGUCCUAAAGAAGGUCAGUGGCCUUGUUGUAGGGAUUGCAUGCAACAGCACGACAGGGCUUCUUCGAGAAGCUGCUUUAAAGGCUUUGGAAGGACUUUCCUCUAUUGAUCCGGACCUGAUAUGGCUUCUUCUAGCUGAUGUGUAUUACUCGUUGAACAAGAAGGAAACGUCUGCCCCACCAUGUAAUGAUUUAUCUGGGAUUUCACAGCUUCUACCGCCGCCGUUGUCUUCGAAAGAGUACCUGUAUGUGCUGUAUGGUGGAGAGAGUUUUGGGCAUGAUAUAGAUCCCUUGGCGGUUGAGAUGGCAUUUAAAAGGAUAGAUACUGAGAUAUCUGUAUGAUACAUCUGUAGAUAGUUAUAGAAACUUUUACCAUAAUUUUAGGGUUCUCUCAAAUGGCCACAGGAUGUAAAUAGUGUGACGUCUCUGUAAGUUGUUUAGCCUCUGCUUAUCCCUUUUCCCUUUUCCCUUUGCCUCUUUGCUUUUCUCGCACAUUAUACCCGGCUGCAACAAAAUUGCUUGGAGUGUUUGGGAGUGCAAUUGCUUGGAGUGUUUAGGUAGUAUGCUAAUUUUGAAGUAGGCAAAGUUUCUGCUCCGAACCGCUGCUCGCAAGUCUUGAAGGAAAUGAAUGACUAAAUCAUGUGCAACUCGACCUUUGUUCUUUGUCAGUUAAUACUUGUAAAGAGGCAUAUCACAGUUAAAUGUUUGUAAAUAUCAUUGUAACCACUGACUUGCUGUCAAAAAUUAAGUUAUCUGAUGCUUUGGAGGUAAAA